AUGGAGAUCGAGUUCGAUGGUGUUGAACGUGUUGGGGGUGACAUGUUUCAAAGUGUUCCAAAGGCCGAUGCGGCUUUCCUAAUGUGGAUUCUGCAUGAUUGGGGUGACAAGGAGUGCGUCCAAAUCCUUAAGAAAUGCAGAGAAGCAAUUUCAGAGGAGAAAGGAAAGGUAAUAAUUGUUGAGGCUGUGAUUGAAGAAGGGAAAAUGGACGAGCUAAGUGAUGCGAGGUUGGCGCUGGACAUGGCGAUGAUGGCUCAUACAAAUGCCGGCAAAGAAAGGACAUUGAAGGAGUGGAAAUUUCUUCUUGAAAAGGCUGGAUUUACAAGAUAUACAGUGAAAUCCAUUCAUGCUGUGCAAUCUGUUAUUGAGGCCUUUCCUUAGCUUAGUUAUGUUGCAUUUCCCGAAGGCACGUGGA